AUGUAUUUGAUCCAGUUACAGAAAGAUUUGGAUGAGGUGAAAGAGCUUCUGAAAAAAGCAUCAAGAAAGAGAGUUCAUGAUGUCUUGCUGGAAGAAAAAAAUAAGAUAGAAAAAGAAAUUAAGGACCAGCAGCCUCUCAAACUAAAACCAAUGACAUCUGAAGAAGAAAGACCACUUCCAACAGGAUACACAGUGAAAAUCAAUAACUAUGCUUGGGAUCAAUCAGAUAAAUUUGUGAAAAUCUACAUCACCUUAAAUGGAGUUCAGCAUCUCCCAGCUGAGAACGUGCAGGUACACUUCACAGAAAGAUCAUUUGAUCUGUUGGUGAAGAAUCUGAAUAAAAAGAACUACGCUAUGACAUUCAACAACCUUCUGAAACCCAUCUCUGCAGAAAGCAGCUCAUGGAAGAUCAAAACAGAUAUGGUCCUGAUACUAUGUAAGAAAAAGCAAGAGGAAAAAUGGGAGUGCCUAACGCAGGUUGAAAAAGAGACGAAGGAGAAGGAGAAAGCUUCUUAUGACACAUCAGACCCCAGUGAAGGAUUGAUGAAUCUCCUGAAAAAGAUGUAUGCUGAAGGAGAUGAUGAAAUGAAGAGAUCAAUUAACAAAGCCUGGGUUGAGAGCCGAGAAAAACAAGCUAAAGAUGAUUUACCAAUAGAUAUUUGAACAAAUGAUGGAGAUUGGUUUAAGUGUACAUUUUCUGAAUGGGACUUCUGCUGAGAUCAGAGAAAGUGUGGUGUUUACAUAACCUUCUAAGCAAAUGUCAAUGAGUUACAUUUCAGGUUGGAGAUGGGAAAUGAAACAUGCUAAAAUGCAUUUUCUUAAAGUGUGUUGCCCUUUUUCCUUAAGGCUUUAGGGCUUUCAGUGCUUUUGUGAAACUGAUAAAAAUUAGCAAAUUAGUUUGAAUGCAUCUGUGUAUUGUCUGCUGUCAACAUCUCUUCACUUAUGCUUCACCUGCUCAGGUUUUGUAUGAGAAGCAGAGGAAAGUUGUGGAAAUGUGUUUCAGGGCAGGUGUAUGUUAAGCUGCAUACAUAGGCAAGGGUGCUUAUAUACUCUGCACAUUCCAAGAACAUUAUUAAUGCAUGCUGAUUAAGUAAAUACAUACAUUGCUGAGAAGCUCCUGGGGAUGGUUACUGAAGUUUCAAUCUGGAACAAACCUUCAUGUCAUCAGCACAGAUGAAAUUAAUCUGUCCUUGUUGAGGUAUGCCAUAAGAGCAGUUAUGGACUGAGCAAGCUAUAGUCAAAAGAACAUCUGAGGCCAAGGCCUCUGACCCACCAAUAGAAAUAGAAAAAUAAAGGAUAACUAAUGCACCUCUUGUACUUAAUCGCUCAUUUUUCUAACCAUUGUUCUUGGACCAUGCAUUCUUCCAGUUAAGAGUUGCGCUGAUCAACAGCCUAGUCAAGAAGAUAAUAUAAGUAAUAACCGUAUAGUGUAUCUGGAUACUCUGUAUAAGCCAGUUUGAUUAUAUAUGGUGUUUUCAGAUUUGUUAACAGUAUGUGCCCUGCAACACUGUAAUGUUAAAUGUAUCAAACCUUAAAUGCAAGGAAUGAACAGAA